CAAGGCAGAGACAGUUUCACAAGGACAGACGGUCAAAAACUUUUAGCGCCAUUUUGGAAAACAAGAAGCAGCGGACGCGAUCUCUCGAUGGCUCGUAGCGACUCGCUUAAGCGCGUCUCGCCCACGUCGUUCGAGUCGGAUGGAGGGGAAGGUGCCGCUAAGAAGAGCAAGACCUCAGUAGACGUUGCGAGCGAGGCGGCAGCUACGGUGCGCAACGGUCCGCUAGAAGCGGAGGACAUUGGGACAGACUUCGACGUAGGGGAAGACGCCCAAACGUCCGCUUUAUCGACCAAUAAUGGCGUUAACGACAAGCAAGAAGGCGGGGAACAAGUCGUGGAAAUGGCUGAUGCCGAAGCCUCAGAGACGCCUGAAACCAAAACGAGCACGAUAAAUAAUGUAGCCAAGUCGUCCUCCAAGAAACCAGUCAAAAAGCGCGCGAAACCUUUUGGCAAGGCAGCAAUUAACGGGAAGACAGAGGCUAAAGGCUCUGCUAAGGCCAAAGCGAAGCCCAAACCCAAGACUAAAGCGAAAGCGGCACCUAAACGGAAGGUGCGGACACAGGGAGACAAAGUGAAGGAGAACGCGCCACUGGCCACGCCGUUCUUCGUGGAGACGGGGGCCGAAUGGAACAACACGAACAUCGACUUUGACGAGCUGAAUACGCUGAGAUCGAUGUGGGAGCUGCCUGCUGCUUGCCACAUUCUGUGGCUGCUGCAAAGUCCUCUGACCCUUCGCUUCUCCAAUACGUUGCUCGAGUAUGAGGCAGCAUUGCUGAAACCCGAGGACAGUCCCGUACUGGAAGACGUGUUCACGAAACUCUUGCUAAAGAAAAGUGAACGCGCGUGUCUGAGUGCUGGCAUUGGACUGAAGUACGAGUGGUGGAACAAACAGCUGCGGAUUUACUACCUGGACAUGUACAACAAGUGGUACGCACUACUGCGUAAGGCUGGCGAGCGACUACCGGAAAGCUUUUCACAAGAUGAGGACGAUGAAGACAGUAGCGGCUCGGAAAGCAGGACCGAUGAACAGGUGGAUGUGGAACUCACUGAUGACGAGUGGCUGACACUGGACAUCCUGAAGGCGCGUCUUGAAACACUCGGCGUGGUUUGUCCCCUGAAGCACCAGUCAUUCGCUGACUUGUCGAUUGAAUUGCGGUGCAAGAUUCUCCUGAACUUGUGCGAGGCCGUGGUGGACGACCCAGCUAACACUGAAUAUAUGCGUCAGAUGGAAGAGGACGAUCUGCGCGUGGAGCCGUUGGGUAAUGACCGCGCUGGGAACUUGUAUUAUUUUUUCCCGCAGUUCUACGAGGAGCGGCGGUUGUACAGAUUGGAACCGGAGACACGACAGUGGGUGCUCUGGGCGAAGGGGGACGACGCGUUCCGUUCCAUGCUUAGGGCGAUGCAGGGCAUUCGUGGACGUAAAAUUCGUGGCGAGCAAGAACUGCUGGAUCACUUGGAGGUGAUUGUGGAGCAGAUUGAGGACGAGGACGAAGCCCGUGCUCGGCAGCUGGAGAAGGCCAAUCGACUGGCCAUUCUCGAGGCGAUUCCACGUAAGCGCUCGCUGCGUCUGCAAGUGAAGCAGUUGGAGAAGAUGGAAAAGCAUCAGGAGGAGUUGGAACACCGGAAAGAGAUGUCGAUGGAGGAUAUAGCAGAAAUGAGGCGUGCCGAGUUGCUGAAAAAGGUGGAGCGUGAAGCUGAGAAGGAGGCACGUGACGCUGAACGGGAGGCAAGACGUUUGCAUCGCGAGCAGGUAGAGCGGGAAGAGGCACAGGCUGAACGAGAGAAGCGUAGAUUGCGUCGAGUCGAGAAGGAGCAGGAGGAGGAGAGACUCGAGCAACAAGCUCAGGAGGAACGCAGAAAGCAGGAGGAAGCGCGCGAGCUGCGUGCUCGACAGCGGAAUGCGGACGAGGAAUGGCAGCAAGUAGAGCAGGAGACAGCGGAAGCUGCAGCUGAGCAGGUUACAGCGUCUGCGAAGCCUUAGCGGCCUCAACAUACCUUCAGAAGAAAAAUGCACAUUCCUCAGUAAAAAAAAAUAGAGAUCAUUGCAAGUGACA